AAAAGGAUAAUUACUAUCCAAUUCGACCGUUACAUUUCCUUGAGAUUCAAACUUUCAUCUCCACAAGUAGGUAAAAACUGCACAAAUAUUUCCAAAGCACUCAACCACGAAAAACAAAAAUAAAAAUGAGAGAAACAGAAAUAUCAAAGGAGGAAGAGAUGGAAUUUGCAGUAGACGAGGAGGAAGAAGAAGAGAUAAUUAAAAAUCUGAGAUCCAAAGCCACAGAGCUUCUCCUGAGAGAGGAAUACAAAGAGUCGUUGAAAACCUACUCCGAAAUCAUCUCUCUCUGCCAAGAAACCAUUUCUAAAUCCAAUGAACCCCGCCUCUCAAAUCUCCGACGAACCCUCUGCUUGGCCUUCUCCAACCGGGCUGAGGCCCGGGCCCGUCAAUCGGAGUUCUCCGAAGCCCUCAGAGACUGCGAGGCGGCACUCAGCAUCGACAAAUCCCAUUUCAAAACCCUUCUCUGCAAGGGCAGAAUCCUCUUGAGUUUGAAUCGUUACACCGCCGCCUUGGACUGCUUCAAGCAAGCCAAUCUUGAUCCACAUGCCACUCACAAUUCUGAUAUGGUUAAUGGGUUGUUGACCAAGUGCAAAAAGCUGCAAUCUUUGUCGAGAGGCGGCGCUUUCGACAUCUCCGAUUGGGUUCUGGGCGGCUUUCGCGGCAAAACGCCCGAGCUCGCGGAGUUCAUCGGCGCCGUGGAGAUCAAGAAAUCUGACAUCAGUGGGCGCGGCCUGUUUGCGACCAGGAAUGUCGAGAGCGGGACGUUGAUGGUGGUGACCAGAGCUGUCGCCGUUGAUCGAGCCAUCAUGCCUCAAGAUUCAGGGGAAAAUGCGCAUCUAGUUAUAUGGAAGAACUUCAUUGAUAAAGUGGUGGAGACCGCCAAGAAAUGCGAGCAUGUCAGCAGCUUGAUCUCGUUGCUCUCCGCGGGCGAAGACGAGGGCGCUCUCGAAGCUCCGGAUAUGGCGGUUUUUAGGCCGGAGGCGGAGGUUGGUGGUGGGAGGCUGGAUAGGGAGAGAUUGCUCAGCAUUUUGGAUGUGAAUUCGAUUCUUGAAGAUGCUAUCUCAGCUAAAGUUUUGGGGAAAAAUGCAGAUUACCAAGGUGUAGGUUUAUGGAUAUUAGCUUCAUUCAUCAACCACUCUUGCGAUCCCAACGUGAGGCGCUUGCACGUGGGCGACCACAUGGUGGUCCACGCGGCCCGGGACGUGAAGGCCGGGGAGGAGCUCACGCUGGCCUACUUUGACGUGCUGGCGCCCCGUGAGAAGCGGAGGGAGAUGGCUGAUAAUUGGGGGUUUGUGUGUAGAUGCAAGAGGUGUUUGUUUGAAGAUAGUGUUUGCUUCAAGCAAGAGAUGAGGGAGAUUGAAAUGGCGGUGGGGAAAGGGGUGGUGGAUGUGGGGAGCUUGGUGUAUAGAUUGGAGGAAGGGAUGAGGAGAUGGAUGGUGAGAGGGAGAGGGAAGGGCUAUUUGAGGGCCUCAUUUUGGGAGGCUUAUGAGAAAGUGUUUGGAUCGGAGAAGGUGAUGAGGAAGUGGGGGAAGAAGAUCCCGGCGCCCGAGGCCGUCGUUGACACAGUCGUGCACGCGGUCGGCAGCGACCAAAGAAUGAUGAGGGUGUUGGUGGAGGGGCUGAGGAGAGGUGGCGGUGUGGUGGAGAUGGAGAAGCUGAUCAAGUUAGGGAGAGGGGUUUAUGGGAAGGUCAUGAAGAAGCAAGCUAUUGGGGCAUUGCUUCAAAUAGGUGGUGCCCAAGAUUAAGGAGUUUUUAGCUACUGUUUUUGCUCAAGUCAUCAUGGUCGAUGAUUCACACUUUGGUUUAUUGGUUUUGUUUUCUUCUCGUUGAAAUCUAUUAAUAUAUGAAAACACAGUUUUUGAACCA